GGGCACGCCGCGCCGGCGGCUGGCGAAGGGCGGGCUGCAGUUACUCUGGUUACUGCCGAAGCGCCGAGUUGGGGAGGGCAGCGGCCGCCGGCGAGGGAUGCUGACGAGGAGGCCGUCGGGAGCCGCCGCCGUCUGAGGAAGCUCCUUGGAGACCGCCGGUCACCCGCGGGGAAACGGAGUCACGGCCUGGAGGGUUCGUGGGGCAGGUGACCCGGAGCGUCUGCAGAGCGGCCGCGCUUGCCUGGGCUGGGGCCGCAGUCUCGAGUCCAAGGCCGUCCUCCGUGGGAAGAGGCAGCCCCGGCGCCGCCCGAGCGUGGGCGCUCCCGCCCCUGGCCAGGCCGCCCCUGCCGCCGCGCCGGGACGUUUCUUUCGUCUCCCCACGCCGCCUGGAAGGGCACCUGCUGCAGGUGAGCGGGCCCGCGUCACCUUUGACGGACAUCACCUGCAGCAACCCAGGAGAAGCCCAUCCUGGGGAAGGAAAUGAAUGGGUUGCCGGAAAGAUUAGAGUCUGCUCGGAAGCGGUUGCAGCGGGCGAUGUUUUAAUACUGCUUUCUAAGUCUGGCCAACUUUCCCCUCUUCGCGAACUGUUUUAUUCCACCGUGGUAGGAUUUUGUAAACUCGUCUGGCUUGAAUUGUAAUCCUGUGACGGUGUUGGCGGGAGCUCGGCCGCUUCCUCGCGCUCCGUCUGGUGACACGUUUUGGGGAGAACCUCACAUCACCAAAACCCCGCAAGGAAAAAGAGGAUCUCAACGCUGACCCGGGGUCACCGAAGGAGCCUUUGAACCAUGUGGACUUUCUUGGGCAUUGCCACUUUCACGUAUUUUUACAAGAAAUGCGGAGACUUCGUCUCUUUUGCCAACAAGGAGCUCUUGCUGUGCGUGCUGGUGUUCCUGUCCCUGGGCCUGGUGCUGUCCUACCGCUGUCGCUACCGGAGCGGGGCCCUGCUCGGGCGCCAGCAGAGCGGCUCCCAGUUCGCGGUCUUCUCGGAUAUUCUGUCGGCCCUGCCUUUCAUUGGCUUCUUCUGGGCCAAGUCGCCCCCGGGAUCAGAAAAUAAAGAACAGCUUGGGUCUAGGAGGCCCAAAAAAGGAACCAGUAUUUCAGAAACAACCUUAAUAGGAGCAGCUGCCUCUUCAUCAAUAUCUUCUCAGAAUGAUCCAGAAGUUAUCAUUGUGGGAUCCGGUGUGGUUGGCUCUGCUUUGGCAGCCAUGCUUUCCAGAGAUGGAAGAAAGGUGACAGUAAUCGAGAGAGAUUUAAAAGAGCCUGACAGGAUAGUUGGAGAAUUUCUGCAGCCAGGUGGUUAUCGUGUCCUUAAAGACCUUGGUCUUGAAGAUGCAGUGGAAGGUAUUGAUGCUCAGGUCGUACAUGGCUACAUAAUUCAUGAUCAGGAAAGCAAAUCAGAGGUUCACAUUCCUUACCCUCUGUCAGAAAACAGUCAGGUGCAGAGUGGAAGAGCUUUCCAUCACGGAAGAUUCAUAAUGGGUCUCCGGAAAGCAGCGAUGGCAGAGCCCAAUACAAAAUUCAUCGAAGGCAUCGUGCUACAGUUAUUAGAAGAAGAUGAUGCUGUAAUGGGCGUUCAGUACAGGGAUAAAGAAACCGGGGACAUCAAGGAACUCCAUGCUCCAUUGACCGUUGUUGCCGAUGGACUCUUUUCCAAGUUUAGGAAAAACCUGAUCUCCAAUAAAGUUUCUGUUUCAUCUCAUUUUGUUGGCUUUAUUAUGAAGCAUGCACCACAGUUUAAAGCAAAUCAUGCUGAACUUAUUUUGGCUAAUCCGAGUCCAGUUCUCAUCUAUCAGAUUUCAUCUGAUGAAACUCGAGUACUUGUUGACAUUCGGGGGGAAAUGCCCAGGAAUUUAAGAGAAUACAUGGCUGAAAAAAUUUACCCACAAUUACCCGAUCACCUCAAAGAACCGUUCCUAGAAGCCAUUCAGAAUUCUCGUUUGAGAUCUAUGCCAGCAAGCUUUCUUCCUUCUUCCCCAGUGAACAAACGAGGCGUUCUUCUUCUGGGAGAUGCGUAUAAUAUGCGGCAUCCUCUUACUGGAGGAGGAAUGACUGUUGUUUUUAAAGAUAUAAAGAUAUGGAGAAAAUUGCUAAAAGGUAUCCCUGACCUUUAUGAUGAUGCAGCUGUUUUCCAGGCCAAAAAAUCAUUCUACUGGGCAAGAAAAACAUCUCAUUCCUUUGUUGUGAAUAUCCUUGCUCAGGCUCUUUAUGAAUUAUUUUCUGCCACGGAUGAUUCCGUACAUCAACUAAGAAAAGCCUGUUUUCUUUAUUUCAAACUUGGUGGAGAAUGUAUUGCUGGUCCUGUUGGGCUGCUUUCUGUACUGUCUCCUAACCCUCUAGUUUUAAUUGGACAUUUCUUUGCUGUUGCGAUCUACGCCACGUAUUUUUGCUUUAAGUCGGAGCCUUGGAUUACAAAACCCCGAGCCAUUUUCAGUAGUGGUGCUGUCCUGUACAAAGCAUGCUCUGUAAUAUUUCCUCUGAUUUACUCGGAAAUUAAGUACUUGGUUCAUUAAGCUAAAAAGGGAACCAUUUGUGAACGAAUAUUUGGAACUCACCAAGUCCUAAGAGACUCUUGGAAGAGGACGUACAUAGCAGAGAAGGAAACCACUUCUAAAGUGGAAACUCUUGGACCAAGAUUGGGGUUAAUUUGUUUUUGAGGUUAUUUGUAUAUAAACAUGUAAAUAUAUACUUUGCAAUUUAAAACGAAGGGUAAAAUAGACAUUUGAGAGAAAUGAUCGUGAUCAUAAAUUAGUGCUAACACUGAGGCUCUGCAGUUUUUCUUUUGACUUUGGGGAUUUGGGCAGAGUCAUGCGGGACAUGCAAAUAAAGUGGAGAAUGAGCUCGAA